UUCAUACGGUACGGUUCAUACCGCUAAACAACGGACGAUCGUCGUGUUCGUGACUCGCCCGUGUACGAGGCGGACGUGUUUUUCUCCGUCGGCGUUCGAAUCGCUGUGGUUAGAGGUUUUGUUGUUCGGGUCAAUUUGUGUGAAGCAGAAAAAAAAAUUACGAUACAAAUCGAUGGCCGCGAUCCGAAUCGUGUGUUUAUUAUGCAAAGUGCGUAAACGUGAUUGAAUACACUGCUGGUCAGCUGUGUGGGGUGGAUCAAUGAGAAUGUUUUAAAAAUUCAUCAUCAGCAGGAUAAUGCAAGGCCAGUGUGAUUAGUUUGUGUUUUUCGGCAAGAGGAAAACAUCUAAUAGAACAACACUUCAGCCAGUUUUUCUACGCCAAAUCGUGUCCGGGAGAGUGGUGGAAAAGCCCUUGAGAAGUUUGUUCUCGCUAGCAGCAAGCGAGGCAUAUCGUAAAGUUGAAUGAAAAUGUGUGUCUUGUUUGUGUAGUGAAUUAACAAACAGUGGGUACCAGUAGCAUCGACAAAAGCAGUUUAAUAACAACAGCAACAACAAGAAGUGCCAAUAAUUAUGGAAGUGAAGUGAACGCGAGAAGCAACGUUCAGUUUACUUGUUUUUUUUUAUCUUGUGUGUUCUACUGAAGCCGACGUCGAGCACCGUAAUCGAUAGCAAUCAAUCGCCGAAGGCUGCUGUCGCGAAGUCAAGCUGACUUGAAAGGAUUGAAUAAUAUCAAGGCAGAGCAGAGCUGUAAACGAUCGACAAGAAAUCUGCGUGAACGAGAGAGAGAUAAAAAGAUCGCACCAACAUGUCUGACCCGGAGACGGCCUGGCUGGAGGAGCUACUGCAGGAUGUGCAGCUGGACCAGUUCCUGCCACGGAUAAGAGAUGAGCUACAAAUUACUCGGCUCGCUCACUUCGAUUACGUCCACGUGGACGAUCUGGAAAAGAUUGGACUGGGAAAACCGGGCAUCCGGCGUUUGAUGGAAGCUGUGAAGAAGAAAAAAGCUCAACAGUGGCGGCGAAACAUCCUCUGCAAACUGAUCGGCGGUGGAAAGCAGCAGCCGCAGAAGAAGAGUGCGGUGAGGGAAAGUGAAGAACCUUCGGCUCUGGCGCUGACCUGUUUGAUUCACGAGAAAGAUAUUACAAUGUCGAUCAAAUUGGGUGAUGGCUCAUUUGGCGUUGUUAGACGUGGCGAGUGGCGUGCACCGGGAGGACAGAUUGUCCCCGUUGCGGUGAAGGUACUGAAAGCGGAUACGUUGUCGCAACCGGGAGUGAUUGAGGAUUUCUUCAAGGAGGUUCAAGCUAUGCAUGCACUGAAUCACCCCAACUUAGUACGGUUGCAUGGCGUAGUGUUGUCGCAGCCUAUGAUGAUGGUUACCGAGUUGGCCGCGAAUGGUUCGCUUUUGGAUACUCUGCGGGAACAGUGCAGAAACACUUCCCUUCCGUUGAUUUGGAACUGGGCUGUUCAGGUGGCCACUGGAAUGGCUUACUUGGAAAGCAAAAGAUUUCUGCACAGGGAUCUGGCCUGUCGAAAUGUCCUGCUGGCCACGGGAAACAAAAUUAAAAUCGGUGAUUUUGGGCUGAUGCGAGCGCUGCCACAGCAAGAAGAUUGCUACGUGAUGACCGAGCAUAAGAAAGUUCCGUUUCCUUGGUGUGCACCGGAAUCUCUGCGCUAUCGACAGUUUAGUCACGCAUCAGACACUUGGAUGUUUGCGGUAACCCUGUGGGAGAUGUUCACGUUCGGAGAAGAUCCCUGGGUAGGGUUGAAUGGAUCGCAGAUUCUUAGAAAGAUUGACCGUGAAGGAGAGAGGUUGCAUCAUCCUGAUGCGUGUCCGCCGGACGUUUAUCAGUUGAUGUUGCAAUGUUGGGACAAAAUACCGGCAGAGCGGCCGACUUUUGCUGCUAUUAAGGAGUUUUUGACAGGUGCGCCUCCUCCAAUAUAUCGUGCAGUGAUGAGCUUCAAGGCAGAAAAUCGUCUCACAGUGGAGCAAGGGGAUUCAAUUGCAAUUAUUGAUGAUCGUCCAGAGCUGCAGUUCAUCAAAGGUCAAAAUCAGCGUACUUAUGACAUCGGUACUUUUCCUAGAAAUGUGGCAGUUGAUGCUUUCAAGAAUCGAAGCGGAACCGGCACUAUUAGUCGACCGUUGCAUGAUUCUUUCAGACAUACGGCACACGGAGCCGCAUUUGGAACCUCCUGGGGCAAUCCUAGUACCCUUGAGAUGAAUGGAGAGGUCAAGCUAAGAAGUAAAAACAAGGAUACACUGAACGCCGACCGCCGUGGUAAAUGCAUCUCGGAGCAGUACGCCAAAGAGCGCAAGAGUAACGCCCACAAGCAAUUUUCCUACAACAAACUGGUCAACGAAAACCACUUCAAACAACAGCAGCAGAUGUUGAAAGACUGUAAAAACCGUCCGCUCCGACCACCACAGCCUCACAAUCUACCACCGUCCAGCGGCAGCGGAUCCGCGGAAGGAAUUCUUAUUGAUUUGUCAUCUCCCGGAGAGGAUCCGAUGGUAGCCAUUGGGUCAGCUGUUCACCACCACCAGUUGGCUGGUGGAGCCAGACAACAGUUCACCAGUAUUCUCGACGAACCCAUCGAAGUGCCAACGUUGGAGGAAGAAGAAUCACCGGCGCCGUCGGUGGAAGAGCCUGUUCGGUUGCAACCCCCUCCCUAUCAGAUGCCUCCAAAGUACACAAACACUUUGAACAUUGCUGAUGCUACCCCAGAACCGGACCCAUUCGAUCCGCGUACUAGGCUUGGAAUUGAUUGUAGCAAUUCAAUUGCUCAGACACCUUUGAAUGGUACUUCUGACUACGAAAGUGGCCCCUCCAGUGUGGUUAGUGCCAGGGAUUUGAUGGAAUCCAUUAAAAGGCAGCAGACGUUGGAAGAAUCAUCUGUUAACAGUAUGGUUACGUGUAUGCCAGUUUACGGUAAUGUCAGUAGAGGGGCUAUUUCGAAGAUUAAUUCAAACUAUGGGAAAGUCAGUGAUUUUGAAGAGUUAUCAAAUUCGAUGAUGGCUAGCAUGAGUUCUGGAGGACAGAAUGCUUCAGGCAGUUCAUAUGGUAGUAUAGAGCAGGGAUUGAACGAUUCGCUAGAUGUGAAUUUGAGUAACAUAACGUUGGACAAUGAUCAAAGUGUUCUGAAACUGAGUCCAAAAAAAUUAGAUAAAACAUUCCUGGCAGAGUUAGAGAAAGAUAUCUAUAAAAACGAAAGUAACAGUUUAAAUAACUCACAAGCUUAUGUUGCUAAAGCUAAUAGCAAAGAAGGUAUCAAUCAUAUCUCCAGUUUAAUGUGCGUGAUGCCUAAAUAUGAAAGCACAGGUGCUUUCGAAAACUAUCAUGCGGUGAACAACGGAUCGAGUAAAAGCUUGAACACAAGCUUGCAUCAAAUAUACGCAAACAACUCAGCCGCCGGGGUGGUUGAAAACUUUCAACGAAAAAAUUACGAAAGCACUGCUGCACCAGUACAAUGUUCGCUUUCGCCAAAAAAGCAGAAUAAUGUUCAACCGGACACCAGUAGCGUGUUGACUCAAAUGUGGAUGGAACGAAAUGCUGCUGUAUCCACCAGCAGUAACGAGCUGGUUUAUGGGAAUCAUUCCGGUCUAACGCCUCAAAAAACGCACAACUAUGUGGCAGUUUCCAACCGUCCGCUAUCUCGUAUCCAAAACGAUACUCGGCUGUAUGGUUCAACGCCAAACGUAGCCGCCCUGAAUUUAGCUGCUCAACAGCUACAACAGCUGCAAUCGUCACAGCCAGCAACAGUUCCUCAACCCGCACCGGUUAACAACAUCUACAAUAGUGUGUACAAUGGAAAUGACAUUUACUCUACGAUAGGAAGUGACAUUUACGACACAGUAGCUGCCACUCCCUCCUCCUAUUACGAACGAGUCCCUACCAAUCUAGCAUCACAGCAGCAACAAGUGUACAGUAAUAUUAGUCAAUUACCAUCUCAACCUCCCAUAUCCGCUAUCUACGAUGAGGUUUCGAAUGAAGAUCUGUUGAGGCCUACUAGGCCUGCUCCCACGGCACCUCUGUCUGCACAACAGAUCCAGCGAAGAUUGGAUAGGCUUGUGCAGCAGGAUCAACAGGUCGCAGCUUUACUAAGUGAGCUGGGUGCGGAAGCGAACGAGGACGAGGCGAGAGAUGCACUGACGGCGGUUAACUGGGAUCAUACGCUAGCCGUGAGGCAUUUCAAGGUCGAGCGGCUUUGUCGCCUCGGUGUGGCCAAUCGAACCAAGUGCGAAGAAGCGUUACUAAAAACGGGCUGGAGCAUUCAGCUUGCGGCGUCCAUACUGCUGGAGACCUAAUCGCUUCCUCCCUUACCCCUUCCAUAGUAAGAAUUCAACUGUUGGAGUCCCGUUCGAACAACGAUUCACUUUUGCAAGUUUUAAUUGGGUCAAGUCAUUGCUGGACAGUGCAGAUAGUCCUUAUACUUUUAACUACUGAGCCAUUCUUCACUACAUGACAAUGUAAAUAUUUAUGUUUAAUAGCAUUACCUGUUACCCGAAAAACAUUUGUGUGAAGUCUGGAUUUUGGAACACGCUACUUCGAAGUAGAGCUUUAUGUGGAAAUGCUUCGUGGAGAAAUUGUCUUUCGGGUAACUAGCGAUCACUUCAGAAACCUUUUUUUAUUUUAAUUGAUUUGAUGUAUAAAUCUACUGACGGCUACCUACAAGAGCUGUCAAUCCAAAUAUACAUGAAAACGGUUUCGAAACCCCUCAGCAAGUAUGCAACAGAAUCUUCAGAAAAUAAACUCGAAUUAAGCAAUCAAAUGCUCUCUCCUUAACAUAGCCAAGUAUAUUGUAUAAAUCAUUUAAACUGAACAGAAUCUGCAGCAUCACUAACAUCGGCUUCUCAUAAAUUGGCUUUAAACAACGUACCGCCCAUUGUAGCUAAACAGUACCAUGUACUACGGGAGUACCGAGCAACAUGAAAAUAAGAUAAACUAUAAACCAACGAUAAUUUACGGUAUCGCGUGAUGAUCGUACUCUCACUCCGUGGCGGUGGUUCAAUAGCGUAAUGAAAAAUAAAAAUAUUCGAGAGCUUCUCUAACCGCUACUGACCGUCUAUGGCUGGGAAAAACAAUAGUCAUUUUAGGGAUGGAGCUAGAAAACCGGACCCGAAGAAUGAUAACGGCCCUGUCGGAGCUUCUCUAUAAUAAUAAUAGUAAAUAGUAGUACAUCAUUUUAAAACCAUAUACCGGUCUUACAUGCCUUAGAUAGGUCCGAUGAUCCGAGUCGAACAACUAAUAUCCAGUUACAGUGUGCGUGAAGAUGCGUUCGCAAAUAUUUAUACCUAUGUUAACAAGCUAUCAGACGUUGGUGAGCUUAAUUGAAAGAGAAGCACAGAAUUAGGCUAGCGAAAUGCUCAUUCAGAAUCGAUACAGUUAGUAUCGAACAGCGAUCAAUUAUAGUUGGUGAAAGAGGUUGUAUGUGAUGGAGCCGACUUCGGCUCCCACACGUGGGCAGUUGGAACAGAUUUAGGAAAUCUCGCAUAAUGCGAACAAAACACUACUCAUGCGCGGCGUAUGAAUGUGAAAAGGGCCGCUAGAUAAUAACAUUAAAAUAGUUUAUUUACAUGUUACAAAAACGCUAUGAAAAUAUAUUUUUAAUCAAAUAAUUUAA